GUUUUUUUUUUUUGCUCCUUCUCAGCUACUUCCAAGUCCGUGCUUUUAUUUUAUAUAUGUAUUUCCGCCGGAAACAGUCGGACUUUUGUUUUGGAAAGCCGCUACCCAGCGGCCGCCAUUAUUCUCCCUGGCUUGACGGUCGGGAAAAAGACGGUUAAAUCGGUUUAAACGUUGUUUUUUUCGGGGGGUGAGAGGGUGCUACGUUGCCAUCCCCGUCCGUGCAGUCGGUGGAUGAACUCGUGAGUCAGCGACGCGUUUCGCGGGCUCGACAUGGAGAAACGCUCGGACACCACAGGUGUUGGAGGCGCCCUCCCCCUGGCCUCCCUUCGCUUGAUGGCCUCCCCCCUGCAGCUGACAUACUCGUACAUGUGGCAGGUCAUACGGCAGAGAAACGUCAAGCUGUACGGGAGAGUGGAGGAGUUUGUCACCAUGGUGACGCAGACCGUUCCCGAGCUCAUGAGUUUCAAGCAGACUGCACAGCUCAUCUUGGGAUUGAGAGCAAGGAUCAUUUUGGAUUUACUUCACAAAGAUGGCCCACCAGAUUCCAGAGCUAUUCAAACUCUCAUAAAUAAGUUGAAGGUCUCUGCAUCUACAGGGAAGGACUCCGAAGUGGAGAAAUCACAAACAAACUUUAUGGUGCUGGUCCAGAAUCUGCUUAAAAACCCUGCUGAGAGGAAGCGCUUCUUCCAGGAAGUGUUCCCCGUCCAAUACGGCACAAAGUUUGACACAGCACUGCAGGCAUUGACUGCAGGUCUGGUGUGCAAGUUGGAGCAACUUCUUCCUGUUCCCAAUCUCUCCCAGCUUGGUACCAUGAUCUCAACAGAGCCCACUGUCCUGGAGGCGUGUGGAGGCUUCAUCCCUGAAUCCAGCGACCUGAAGACUCUCCUGCUGCACCAGCAGGCCAAGGGACUCCUUGGUGUUAAAGCAACCAUCUCGUCCUCAGUGGGCGACUGUGUGCUCUCUUCACUCGCCUUCCGUUCCAAACCAGCAGAACCGGUAGCCCUACCAGAAUCACCGAAGCGAUUAGAGGUCACCCUCAACGAACCAAGCCCACCCUCCCUCAGUGACCACGAAGACUUGGGAGUGAUGUCAGAUGGACCUGAGAGCCCAGCAGCCCCUGCUACUGCACCACAGAAAAGAACAAGAUCUAGUCAUAAAACAGCCGAUGUUAGUGCUGACAAGGAAAAGAGUGUCACAACAACGCCUCAGACGCAGAAUAUGGAGCAAGAGAAAAGUUCAACACCAGAACAGUCUGCUUCAGUUCUACAAAGCGCGGUGGAAGAUGGAGCACCAGCAGCGUCAGAGAAACCAGAAGCACAGCGAGAGCUGCCCUUGAAAACGAUCCCCUUCAGGGUAGUUCAAAUGCCAGUCAAAACCCCUUCCUCCAUACAGAAUGCAGGCGGCCAAAAGCCCCAGACCCAGCGAGUCACGUUGCAUCAGUGGGUGUCGCAGGUUGCUACUAACUUGCUCUCACUCCCAGCCUUGCCACCACUUCCUCCACCCAGGUUCGGCGCAGGCGACGACAUGAAGCCAACCAUAAGAAGAAAGAAGCAAAUUAGGCCUCCGGCCGACAGAUUCACUUGCGGCGUCUGUGAUAAGAGCUUCCCGUAUCAGUCCAAACUAAUGGACCACGAGCGCAUUCAUACAGGAGAGAAGCCGUUCAUUUGCACGGCGUGCAACAAAAGCUUCAGAACACAGGCGUUCCUCAACAACCACCUGAAAACGCACAGCACGGCGCGUCCUUAUGCCUGCGGCCAGUGCGGCAAGUGUUUCACCAAAUUGCAAAGCUUGACGAAGCACAUGUUGGCCCACAGCGGCCAAAAGCCUUUCUACUGCGACAUCUGCAACAAGGGCUUCACACAGUCCACCUACUUCAAACGACACAUGGAGUGCCACACGAGCCAGAUGACGUUCCCCUGCAAGCACUGCAGCAAAAGCUUCCCAACGGCCUUCAAGCUGUCGAACCACGAGCGCUGGCACACCAGAGAUCGCCCUCACAUGUGCGAGCGUUGCGGGAAGAGGUUCCUCGUGCCCAGCUUGUUGAAGAGACACAUGGGCUACCACAUCGGCGACCGUCAGUACCUCUGCUCCCAGUGCGGAAAGACCUUCGUCUACUUGUCCGACCUGAAGAGGCACCAGCAAGACCACGUGCCCAAAGCCAAGAUCCCGUGCCCCGUUUGCCAAAAGAAGUUCUCUAGCAAGUACUGCCUGAGGGUUCACCUGAGGAUCCACACCAGGGAGAGACCCUACCGGUGCUCCAUAUGCGAAAAGAGCUUCACUCAAGUCGGGAACCUGAAGGUCCACAUCAGGUUACACACCAACGAGCGUCCCUUCAGCUGCGACGUGUGCGGGAAGACCUACAAGUUGGCGUCCCACCUGAACGUCCAUAAAAGGACUCACACUUGCAAGAAGCCCUGGACAUGCGACACCUGCGGGAAGGGAUUCUCCGUCCCCGGCCUCCUUAAGAAGCACGAGCAGUUGCAUACGAGGGACGCUAACCCUGACUUUACCGGUAAACGGAGACACAGGGGUAAGCACAAGAAGCACUCCCUCAAGAGAAAAUACGAUGAGGAAGACGAGGGUAGCGAUGAUUAUUAAUUAGAUAAACAUACAGUAUUUUGUAAUAAACAAGGACACUCGGAUUAGAGGUUUCAAGGUUGAUCACGAUGCAGCUGAUUACUCACAAUUACUUAGAACUCGCCGAUUUAGGAAGCUACUGUGUAAGUGAACAACGUAACUCUUCAAGGUUUGUUACCUUGUGGUUGUGAUCAAGUCGCUGUGAAAGCUUGAGUAGUAAAAACACAUUUUGAAUUAUGUUUUUUUUUUCUGAUCACUGAAUUUAGAAACUACCAAUUUGAUGGUAUUUUUUGAUUUAUAAUGGCUAAAUCUCCGCUAGUAAGGACCAUUGUUGUACUGUUGUACAUCAGUGCCGUUGUUUAUAUAGCUAGGUGAUGUGACAAAUAAAUGUCAGUGAUGAAAGUUACCCUGUGCUGUCAGAUCUUGAGGUUUUUGGUCAUUUUAUGAUGUUACAUUACAAAAAAAAUGACCCAUCUAUGACAAAAAUAAAUGUUAUUUUCCAAACAUUGUCAAGAUGCUACCUGAAUAUAGCCAACAUUUAAGAGACAGGCAUCAUGUAAACGACACAAUAAAAGUACUUAUAUGCAUGUGACUGUAGAUAAUUUGUCUGCUAUGUAAUAACACAUUGUAGCCUCAGUAGGAAACCUUUUAUCUUUGACUGUAUCCUUGUGUGAAAUGUAACAGAGUGUGAAAAAUACUUUUACCACACGCUUUUUAUGUAACCCUCAACUGUAAACAUGACUUUUGUUUUAGAGUGAAAAUAGAACGCUUUGUGUUUAUUAGGAAUUCACUUUUCACCAGCAGUAGAUGAACUUUUGUUGCUCCAAUUGUGUCGGAUUAACACAGGAUUGAGAUAUUUACAACAAUUUAACACGGAUAUAAUAACAAACAUCAUGGAAAUGUGUGACGAGGUUGUGCUUAUCUUUCCCAUUACUUAUACUAUUGUGAGCAGCCAUGUAUAUAAGCCAUUAAGUAAUAUGUCCUGUUCUUGUUUGUGAUGUUUUGCAAUAAAAGAAGUAACGCUACGCGUUGCAAAGGA